AUGCCGACUGAUCCCACGCUUCACCCGAGCCGUGAGCCCGACAUCAACUUGCCAGCGACGCUGCGUGUCAAUGAUACCAUGCUGGCAGCAGCCCUAGCGCUAGCAAGCACGAGCACGGUCUACAAAGCCCCACACGACAAAUGCGACAGGUGCUCGGUGAAGGCGGAAGUGAGCAAGCCCGUUGGAGACGAAUGUAUUAUCUGGCUGAACACCGAUGGAAGGAACGUUCGCUUCUCGGGUAUCUGUACUUCGUGCCUGGUCCUCCGUGGUGGAAACGUGAGGAAAGCUGGCAAGAUCUGCUCUCUCCAUGGUAUGAGUGCGCCAGGCCAACAGCGGGAAAUUGCGAUUGAGGUGGAGGAUGACGUCAAGCAGGAGCCGACCGCAGAGGAGCACGAUAAUGCUCCAUUCGACCUCGACAUUCAGGAAGUCUAA